AUGUGUGAGUUUGUGGCUACGAAUACGUCUUUGAUUAGUAUCACAAAGAUUUCAGGGGCCAUUAUUCCUGAAGGGGCGUCUGCAGUGGGGAAGGCGGUGUCUGGGAGGGUAACUGGUGAGUGUUCAUUUGGGAUGGUGUGGGUUGCCAGAAACUCGUGGAGCUCAUCUGCGGUGCAAACAUCGCAAGACACGUUAGACCGCUCACACUCUGUUCAGUGGCUGCUAUGUCACAGGACGUGCAUGGGUUCGUUAUCGAACGUGCUGCUCAUGCUGUUCAUCAAUGAGAGAAGGUGGCGGGGUUCCCAAUGCCUGUAUUGGGUCCAGGGUGUUGCAACUCGUAAUGACAUUGACAAGACGUUCAGGUUGGGCAUGGCGCAUCCUACAGGGCCAUUACAAUUGGGUGAGUUGCUGUUCCACGAUGCAUUUCUUUCUGAUGAUGAUCAGAGGCUCUACAAGGGUACCUCAGAUUCCAAGCAUCGCCCUUUGGUGUUACUCGAGUGCAUGACGGACGCUCAGUAUCUUGAAAAGAAGAAUUAUCAUUCAUUGUACUUGUAA